AAGAUAGUAUGGGACAAGAAUGUGGGAGGUUAUUAUCCAAUCAAUAUACAUAAUUUAAUGCUGUUUUGAGAAUAUUUUAGUAAGCAAAAAUCUGACGUGGAAUAAAACAAAAAAUGCAAAAGCUGAGGGAGGGAGCGAGAAACAAAAAAAGAGUACGGAGUCUAGAGACUGGAGCAUACAUAUCCCUACCUCUCCCUACACUCUCUCGCCGCCUCUGGUGCUAAAACGCCUUUUUGCAGUUUUUGUCCUCUUUCCAUUUUUUUUUUUGUCACAGUUAAAAAAAAUAUAUAUAUAUAUAUACACAGUAGCAGAAAAAUAUAGAAGCAUUGUGAUUCAUCCAGACAUGGUGUGCGAGUGUGACGUGGAGAAGAAGAAAAAAGAGCCGGCGGUUCACGUGGUUCUUCAGGUGGACCUUCACUGCGACGGAUGUAUCUCGAGUAUCGUCAGAUUAGCCGGUUGUUUGGAAGGAGUUGAAACUGUGAGAGCAGAUCCUGUUUCGAACAAGCUCACUCUCAUUGGGUUCAUGGAUCCAGUGAAGACUGCAGAGAAAUUGCAGAAAAAGACCAAUAAGAAGAUCGAGCUGCUAUCUCCAAAGCCCAAGAAAGACACUUCCAAACUAAACAACCACGCAAAGGCUGAUGUCAAGACUACUAUGAUCGCUGUGAGCACAGUGAGCCUGAAGUUGAAUUGUGCAUGUGACGGUUGCAUCACGAGGAUUCACAAAACUAUCUCCAAGACCAAAGGUGUCUACCAGGUGAAAAUAGACAGAGAGAUGGAAGUAGUUAGUGUCACAGGGACGAUGGAGGUUAAGACUGUGACAGAGAAUCUGAAAAGGAAACUGAAGAAAACCGUCCAGGUUGUGCCUGAGAAGAAGGACAAGAAGAAAGAGAAUGCAGAGGGAAUCUCCAAAUCCGGGUCUCCAGGCCUGCCAUGCUACGGUUUCAAUUAUGGGCUUGGACCUUACGGUUUCUUGGGAGGCCCAAUCACAGAGCUUUUCAGUCAGGAGGAUCCCAACUCUUGCUGCGUUAUGUGAUUUUGAGGCGAUAAAACGAUUGGAGUAUAUCACGGCAAAUAACUAUAGGAGGCGUAUCUAAGGAACAUCAACUGAAAAGAAAAACCGUAGUCAGGACUCAGGAGGUAGAUGUUUUUGUGCUGGACAUGGACUUAAGACUUAUGUAAAUUGCAAUAUUUUACUUUUGAGGGAUGUUGCAAUGACAAUACAUGACACACUGUUUCAUAGAGAAAAAGACAAAAAUAGCCCUAAAUCAAGUUUUUGUUCCCAAACUA